AUGGGGUGGCGGCUGCUGUGGCUGCUGUGCGCCGGGGGCGCCGCCUGGAGCAAGACGCUGCGGGGCGGAUUCGUCAGCUCCGCCGCCCGGCUGGAGCCUUGGCGGCCCGUGGCGCGCUUCCAGUUCCGCGGUGACCAUGCUGUUCUGUGUGUCCGAAUCACCGAUGUAGCAGCAGCUGUAACAAAAGAAGCCAGACUUCACCUGUUUCAAGCACAGGAGUGGCAGAAGCUACAGAAUCACAUCCAGGAUCACAGAUGUACAGAAAAAUUCUCUAAAGCUCAACUGACAAUGACUGUGAACCACACAGAACAAAAUCUGACAGUGUCCCAGAUUCCUUACCCGGAAACAUGGUAUGUGUUUUAUGUAGACAAGUUUACCUGCGAGGAGAAUUAUUCUGAAUCCGAGGAUAUUCAGUUUGAAAUGGUCUUACUAAAUCCAGAUGCAGAAGGGAAUCCAUUAGAUCACUUUAGCGCAGGGGAAUCUGGAUUACAUGAAUUCUAUUUCCUGCUUGUCCUAGCAUACUUUGUAACUGCUUGCAUAUAUGCACAGUCUUUAUGGCAGACAAUUAAGAAGCACGGACCAAUGCAUACUGUAUUAAAAAUGCUCUCAAUUGCAUUACUAUUGCAGGCUGGUUCAGCUUUUGCCAACUACUUGCAUUUCUCAAGUUAUUCCAAGGAUGGAAUAGGAGCACCUUUUAUGGGAAGUCUGGCAGAAUUGUGUGACAUAGUCUCUCAGAUACAAAUGCUUUAUUUGCUGUUGAGUCUAUGUAUGGGUUGGACAAUAGGCAGAAUGAAGAAAUCUCAUAGCAGACCUCUUCAAUGGGAUUCCACUCCAACAUCUACUGGCAUUGCUGUAGUAGUUGUUGUUACACAGACCUUUUUAUUAAUUUGGGAACAGUUUGAAGAUACUAAUCAUCACAGCUACCAUUCACACCAUGGCUUAGCAAGCGGACUGCUUAUUGGCCUCAGAGUUUGCCUAGGUUUGUCACUGGCUGCUGGUCUUUAUCAGAUCAUCACAGUGGAGAGAAGCACGCUGAAAAGGGAGUUCUAUAUCACCUUUGCUAAAGCCUGCAUUCUCUGGUUUUUGUGCCACCCAUGUCUUGCAACCGUUUCUGUAAUAUUCAGAGAAUAUCAAAGGGAAAAGAUUAUUACCAUAGGUGUUAUCCUCUGUCAGUGCAUCUCCAUGGUUAUCCUCUACAGACUUUUUCUCUCUCAUAGUCUAUACUGGGAAGUAUCUUCACUGUCAUCAGUGACAUUGCCACUGACAGUAUCCUCUGGACAUAAAAAUCGACAUCGCUUCUGAGAUGUUUAGGAAGAAUAUGUUAUGUAAAAAAAAAAAGUGCAAUAAUGAUCUAAAUAUGCAGGUAUUUUUGUCACAGGUAUGUGAUACAUUGGUUUCACUGGAAAACUGGGUGAUAGUAUCAGAGCAUUUCAUGGAACUUUGGUCUGACACGCUCCGUAGGUUAAUUUGUUACAGUAUUGUUAAGUGGAAAAAUCUGUAAUUUGAGUGAUUUCCUAAAGAUGAUGUGUGUGCAGCACGGGUGCUGAGCCAUAUCACAGGAAAGUGUAAGGAAUCUUUCCUCUCUCAUUUACAGCCACAAAAAAUGUCCUUACUUUAUUUCGAUACUAGGUUUGAAAGUCUUAUAAAAUACGGUUCUUAAAAUGUCUACAAGCUCAAACAAGUCUGAUAUAGGCCAGUUGUGAAAUUGAUGUGAUAGCUUAUGAUGAAUACAAGUUUUUUGGUUUUGUUUUUUUUUUCAUGUUUUAGGAAAAAGAUGCAUUUUAUGUAUAAGUAUAAAGGAAAUGGAAACAAAAGAGGGAAAGUCCACUAAAAACGUAUAUAAAAUGUUUACAGCCAUCUACAGGAAACUUUCCUUUAUCGUUGGUGUGAAAUAAAAGCUUUUUUUUGCAGUUACUGUUCAUAUUGGUUAGAACUGUGAUGAGGAUGGGAACAGAGUUUGUGUUUUCCUCUUUUGAAGUAAAUGCGACUGAAAAUUUCACCUAGUAGUGAAGAUCUAAACAAUAUUUGAGGCUUAAGAAGAUACAGCAUCAUAAAGGUAAUUAAAACAGCAGGCUCACAUUAAAAAAAAAAAAAAAAAAAAAAAAGCCAAGAGAAAGAAAUGGGUGAUGUGGCACUAGAAUUUUAAUCCUGAUAUAAUUCAUUUCUCUUACAUUGAGGAUUCAAUCAUAAUUAAGCCAUAUACACAGAUUAAAUUAACAGAAGCAUUUCAUAUAAAUGUUGGUUUCAGUCAUCAACUACCCAUGAAUUCCUGCCCAAGGAUACUUAAUCAGGAUUAAAUUUUCUAUGAAUAAUUGAAAAACAAAAUACUCACUGGAUUUGUUAUAAUCCAUGUUGGCACUGAGUUCUAAGUAGUUGCCAUCUUCCAUCCAUUGUAAUAAAGCCAUACUACUUUGUGAUGCCCUCGCAUUCAGAAAAACAGUGUAAAUAUAUACUUUAUUGAAGUGCCUAUUUAUUGAGAAUGAUUAGAUCAUGCUGACAUUUUCCUUCAUAACAAGAACAUACCUAUUACCGUUGUGACUGCAGUCUCUCUUGGAUUUUCUUUAAUUAUUUGUCGUAGUUUAGCCUUCUUCCCAUGAACGUGUGUCUCUUCACAAUACUGAUUUUAUUUUCAGGUAAAUUAGCGUUCGUUUCUUCUUAAUGGUAUGCAUCUAAUUAUGCCUCUAUGAAAACGUGAAGACACCAGUGUUCUAGCUUCAAAACAGCCCUAACUUUUCAUUCAUGUUUGCCUCAGAUGUGAGCAUAGUUGAAACAUAAGUCUAUUCCAUUUCAGUUUAGAGGUGAAAGUAGACAUUUGCCUUUGACUAAGGCGAAAUGGCAACAUGACAAAGUUGCUCAUUAAAUCAUCUCCUUUCUUAUUGUUUGUAAUUCAGAUCAAGAAUGGCAGGUUGAGGCUGGAAAAGAUGAGAUAUUAUGAUUUCACACAAUCUUCAGAAUGAUUAAAAGAUUAAUUAUUACAUUCCUCUGAUAACCACACAAAAAUAUUAUUGGUUAAAACUUCAGUCUUUAUUUCCCUGCUUAUCUCUGUACUUUUCAUCUUCUCAAGAAAAAAGCAUCCUGUUUUUGAUAAGUCUCCAAUAAUGCAGCAGAAGAGUUCUAUCUGUCCUCAUGUAUAAGACAUGAAAUUCACACAUAAAAUAGAGUUUUCUAAUAGACACAAGAGCUCCUUUAUAGUUUAUGAUCUGUCACGAUUAAAGUUUUAACCUAUGCAGAAAAACUGCAUGUGACUUUCAGAAUAGACACUCUGUUUUAUUCUUCAAGUGUAUUUUCUUGCUUCCUGUAGUAGCUCUGACUUCAACCUGUUCGUAUUAAAGUAAAUGGUAUCUUAAUUUUACCUUCUAAAUAUACCCUGCAACAAUUCAUAAAAGACAUUCAGAAUUCAUUGUUCAUCUGGGUAUAAAUGCAUAGUAUAAGAUGUUGUCUCUUAAUCUUUUCCAGAUUGCCCCAUAAAUCAACAGGUAGCAUUAUUCUUUUAGUCUGGCAUCAAAUCCAGUGAUUUGAAAAUAAAAUUUCAAUUUUACUAUUAAUGAAACUGCA